CCUCAAACAAAUAAAAAUGAGAUAAGGUCGAAUGCAUUCCUAUUACAAUCCGUGGCAAAUCUUUCAAAGUGCUGAAAAGAGAGCAAGUGUGCAGCUGUGCCCAGAAAUCAGUUAAAUAUUUUGCUUGAUCAUGGAGAAAAACGGGGUUAUGUUGCCUGAGGGAGAGCAGGAAAUUUUUAAGAAGAUCGCAACUUUGGUGCUCGAGCACAAUGAAAUGGAGGAUCAGUUGAAAUUCAAACAGGAAAUGAUUUACACACUAGAAACGGAGCUUUCGGGAAUGCAAAGACUGAGAGCUCUCGAUUACAUGUCUGACGAUGAGUACUUGUGCAAAAAUUGCAGGGAGAUCAAAGACCCGGUAAAACGGCAAAUGUGGGCGCUCAAUAAGAUUUUCAGCAAGGUCCUCUACAACAAGCCCAAGGAAAUGGUUUAUCUUUCAAAAAUAUUCCACUACCUUGAAAAUGUGGUGAUGAAGGGCGAGCUGACGCCGGUGCUGAAGGAGAACAAAGAGGAAAAGUGCCAGUAUUGCGAGCAAAUUUUACGGGCCGAGCCUUUCAACCGACUCUUCGAGUUAUGCAUCGCGGCCGAGUUGAAGGACUGGGACGAAGGCGAGGCUUUCAAAAGAUGCGUGGCCUACGCUGUCGAGGUCAUAGAAGGAAUGGAGCCAAAAGCACAAUCUAAGAGAGACGAAGCGGACUCAAUAGGCGUCGAGCCUCUUUUUACAAAAAGAAGCGUCAGUCUCGUGGGCAGCGAACAAGGAAGCAUCAAUGAUUUAGAAAGGGAGAACGUGGAGAGCAAACUUGAGGUGAAAAAAUUGCAGGAGGAGGUGAUCGAGCUGAAAAGUCAGUUGGAGAGGAGCAGCUCGGAAAGGGGCAAAAAGCAGCCCGGCUCGACCAUGACCUACGGUCAGCAGGGUGCAACCUUUGGGCAACAAAAGGACACAAAGUACGUCUACACCAUUGGUGAACACAUCAAACUGACCGUGUAUGCAGCGGCGCCUCACGAAGAUCCAAACAUAAUAAUCAAGAAAUGGGAAUACGAACUGAGAAAAUGCGGCAUUCCAAAAUGUGACUGGGUUAUUUUUGUGACCAAGAAUUUGAAGGACACUGCCUUGCAGUGGUGGGAGUUGCAAGGGUACUGCGAAGACAUCACUUGGGAUGAAUUCGUGACACGCUUCCAACGGGCUUUUGGCAGGAAGGAGCUGAGAAGAUGGCUUUCCUACGCUGGCAACUUGUGCUUCAGCCAGGCCAACGAGGCUAUCGGCCCCUACGUAAUGCGCAGAUAUCAAAUUGUUCUUCGCGCCGUCAACCAAAACCAGUCUUUGGCCCUCAAGUUGCUUGAAAAACACGUCAACAUGAGACUUGGAAGGUACCUCAACUUCCACACUUAUGAGGACUUCUUUUUCGCUCUGGUUGCCGAUCAAGUGAUGGAAUUUGAUUCUGUGAAGCUUAUGUUUUCGCAAGUUCUGACCGAAAUUAGAAAUGAUGGUAGGUACUGGCAUGAAUAUUUAUAAACCAUGACUUGUGAAUACGACAGUUUUAAUUUAAAAUGUAUAAGUUAGCAUAAGCUAUGAUAGGCACGUUAUAAAAUGCUGGUGCACCACCAAUGGCAGUAACUAUAAUAGCAAUAAUAUGCAUUCAUCACAGAAUCAAACAUGCUUCAGUUUCGAGUUUAGAUUUUGACGGACUUACAUUAUCGCAUGGUAAGAGCGUAAAUCAGGGCAAAAACUUGCUCAGCUCACAGUUGGAGACAGUCCAUUGUUGAAGUGUAUUCCGAGCUGUGAAAAUAAAAUUUAUUAAAGUUACAAA